CUCCGCUGCUUCGGUCUCCACUGCUGCCUUUUCCCAAAGAAAAGAAGAGGAGAUCUAGGUCCGGGGAGGAGGAGGGCCCCGCCGCCAUUAUCGGAAAGCUGACACAAAUCCCACUUUCACACGCGCGAUCGGCUCUGAGCAUUUCCCAGGACAUGAAGGAUCCAUGUUGCAGCAGGAGCACAUUUCAAAGGAGACAUGAGAGCGAUUGAACAAAGUCUGCUGCUGUCUGCCGCCGGCCCUGCGUUAUGAUGCGGCCACAACAAUGGGCAGAAUAAUGAGAGAAAAAGCAACGUGGUGAAGCCAGAGGAAGACUGCUGCAGCUCAUGGUUUGGUUUUCUACCAAACAUCUCUUUGUAAGACUAACCAAGGACAUGCUGAUUUCUUCCCGGCGUUUUUAAAAUGCAACAAUAAAAAAAGGGCGAGAAUCCAGAGAUCUGUGAUGGGGAUUCAUUUCCAUUGACCACGCCACAGAAAGCCCUCAGCUUUACCUACAAUUUUUUCUUUCUGCGGCUUUUUGCACAUCAGGCUGCGGCAAGCAUUGGCCUGACAGAUGCCAUGGAUGGGAUUCUUAUAAGGAAUGAAUGAAAGAAUCUAUCCCUCAUAUCACUGCACUAUUUAUUAUAACUGAAGGCAGAAGAACGAGGAGCAAUCUGAUCUUUCCUGUAGAUCAGCAUUUUAUGGACAAACACUUGAGUGAUCUCUUUUAUUCAGUGCCUGUUUCUGGCAGGAUGAGUUUCAGAAGGCUAUGAUGGCAAAAAAGCAAGAUGCAAGGUCGCCCAUUUACAACCUCAUUGUGGUGGGUUUGUCAGGAACCGAGAAGGAGAAGGGCCAAUGUGGGGUGGGCAAAUCCUGCCUUUGUAAUCGGUUUGUGCGCCCUAGUGCUGACGACUUCUACCUGGAUCACACAUCAGUGUUGAGCACCAGUGACUUUGGAGGUCGAGUGGUUAACAAUGACCACUUUCUGUUUUGGGGGGAGGUGUCUCGGGUUCUGGAGGAGGGGCCUGAAUGCAGGAUGCAUGUUGUGGAGCAAACGGAAUUCAUCGAUGACCAGACAUUUCAGCCACACCGUAGCACCGCUAUGCAGCCCUAUAUCAAACGAGCAGCAGCAACCAAGUUGGCCUCAGCAGAGAAGCUCAUGUACUUUUGUACAGAUCAGCUGGGUCUGGAGCAAGACUUUGAGCAGAAGCAAAUGCCAGAGGGGAAGCUGCAGGUGGACGGCUUCCUGCUUUGUGUUGACGUGAGCCGCGGGAUGAACCGUAACUUUGAUGACCAGCUGAAGUUUGUCACAAACCUUUACAGUCAGCUUAGCAAGACCAAGAAGCCCAUUGUGUUGGUGCUCACCAAAUGUGACGAAGGUGUUGAGCGCUACAUCAAAGAUGCGCAUACCUUCGCCAUUACAAAGAAAAGCCUCCCAGUGGUCGAAACCUCUGCUCGCUCAAAUAUAAAUGUAGAUCUUGCUUUCCUAACCUUGGUUCAGCUUAUUGAUAAAAGCAGGGGAAAGCCUAAGAUCAUACCUUAUUUUGAAGCCUUGAAACUACAGAGUCAGCAGAUCGCCUCAGCCAAGGAUCGUUAUGAAUGGCUCAUCAACCGUAUCGUCAAAAAUCACAAUGAGACCUGGUUAAACGCCAGUCGACGGAUGAACACCUCCCCAGAGUACAAAGAAUACGUCUUCUUGGAAGGAACGGCUAAAUGCAAAAAGCUUUUCCAACAACAUGUCUACCGCCUGAAGCAGGAGCACAUAGAGAGGCGGCGCAGGAUAUACCUUAGCACUCUCCCUUUAGCACUUAGUUCACUGGUGCCAGAUCUUGAUGAGAUAGAUCAGCUGAGCUGGUCUGGAGUGCAGAAAGUGCUGGAGUCCAAGCAACAUUUUACUCACUGGUUUGUUGUCUUGGAGGAUUCACCAUGGGAAGAUACGUCUCACAUAGACAACAUGGAGGAUGAGCGAAUCCCCUCAGACCUGCUGGAGACUGCUGAGGCAGAAGAUAUUUUCAAUGCUCAUUUGGAGCAUCUAAGAAAUGAAUGUAGGCGUGCAGAGAUAAGACAAGAGUUUAAGCAAAAGCUAGCAUCCUCGCCCUUUGUCACGCCAGGUAAACCUUGGGAGGAGGCCCGCAGCUUCAUCAUGAACGAAGAGUUCUACCAGUGGCUCGAGGAGCCAGAGUACUUGGAACUGUACAACCGCCAUCAGAAGGAGAUUAUUGACCGAGCUAAAGAAGACUUUCAGGAGCUUCUGCUCGAAUACUCUGAGCUUUUUUAUGAGCUCGAAGUUGAUGCGAAGCCUAGCAAAGAGAAGAUGGGAGCAAUACAGGAGGUUCUAGGAGAAGAGCUGAGGUUUAAGGCACUGCAAAAGCUGCCUGCAGAAAGGGAUGCUCUUGUGCUUAAGCACAUCCACUUUGUCUAUCACCCCACCAAGGAGACCUGCCCCAGUAGCCCUCACUGUGGUGACUAUAAGAUUGAGCAACUCCUAGCCUCUCGUUUUCCCACAUGUUACCCCUUCUUUGACGUGAAAGCUCAUUUUGGGGACACUAAAGCUGAUAGAAUUAACUUGGUCAUUCUAGGGAAGGACGGGCUGGCCAGAGAAUUCGCCAAUGAGAUUAGGGCUCUGUGCACAAAUGACGAUUGGUACGUUUUAGAUGGGAAGAUGUAUGAGUUAACUCUGCGGCCUAUAGAGGGAAAUGUGCGUCUUCCAGUAAAUUCCUUCCACACUCCCACUUUUACCCCUCAUGGGUGUCUUUGUCUGUAUAAUUCAAAAGAUUCACUGUCUUAUGUGGUAGAAAGCCUCGAGCGACUUAGAGAAUCAACUCUUGGUCGAAGGGAUAGUCAGCUGGCCCAACUGCCAACGUCUCUCCUUUUAGUCACUAAAAGGGGUGUGGGCUCAUACGUUGACAUAGGUGGAGACACUGCCUUAAACCUAAUAACACAGGGACAACAGGUUGCUCGGAGACUGCAGUGUAGCUUUUUAGACCCAGCCUCCCCCGGCGUGGGCUAUGGCCACAGCGUAAAUGAAACUCAGAUUAACCAAGUGCUUAGGGGGCUCCUUGAUGUUAGAAGGAGCACAUCUUUUAGUAGCAGCUCCCCGCCUCACCUGCCCGAGCCUCCAGGUAUCAGAGACUCUCCUCAUCAGCCAGCCCCAGAGGCAGACCUACGCAUUGUCAUGUGCUUAAUGUGCGGCGAUCCCUAUGACAUCGAACAGCUCUUGUCUCCUUUCCUUAUGCAUCAGCACUGCAGACCAAUGUCGAACUGUGGCACUUCUGUGUUGCUAGAGCAGACAGUUGGGGGUCACAAGCUGGCCAUAGAGCUUUCUCUCCUCUCCUACCAUGCCUCUUUUACUCUGAGGAAGAGCAGGUUGGUGCACGGCUACAUUGCUGUGUACUCAGCCGUCCGGAAAGCUUCCCUAGAGACCCUGUGUGCAUUUUUAUGUGAGGUUCAGGACAUUAUCCCUGUUCAGCUGUUGGCAGUAGGAGAUAGCAAGGCAGAGCUCACUGAUAGUGACUUUGCCUGUGAACAGCUGAUUCAGGGGGAGGAGCUGGCUCGUGAGAUUGAGGGUCGCUUCAAUAGUGUGGUUUGUGGAUCCGGGGGAGUGAUAGGAGGCCUCCACAGAAUUGAAAUGUUCCAUUCAUUUCUGAUGGAGGUAGUGGAGAAGCGAAACAUCGUGGAGGCAACGCAUAUGUAUGACAACGUUGCUGAAGCAUGCACCAAUGAAAACGUAUACUCCCCGCGCUGCAUCUCUCCUAGUCCUGUUACCAUGUUCGUGGAUUCAGAGGAUGAUGUUGAGCCUUCUCCCCCGUACUAUGAUGGCACGCUCUCUUCUCACAGCGGUGGCUUCAACAUGCCUGACUUAGACUCCAGCGACAUCUCUGUCAUUUCUGAUAUCAGAGACUUUGAAAACAAGCUCAACAACAAAAUACCCCCCCCAGUAAGGGGGAAACCAGGCGUCACUUUUGACUUCCGGAAAGUGAGUCGCAGCCCUUACAUCGACACUCUAGGUCACCGUCGGUCCCUGCCCUCUGCUGUGACCUGGGUCCCUGGCGGGGAUGUGGGUUACGAUCCCUCAGACUACGCAGAGCCUAUCGAUGCCGUCUCAAAACCCCGCCCCAGCAACGAAGAGAUCAUCUACUCGGUUCCACACGACAGCACACAGGGCAAAAUCAUAACCAUCCGCAACUCCAACCGGAUGCAUUCAAACGGAAAUGGCUCAGACAGCGAGGCGGACAGCAGCUCUUUGGAACGAAGGAGGAAGUUCUCAGCAGUCGGAGUGAAGCCCCGUCUGUACCGCGACCGCUCAAAACGGCUGGGCAAGUUCAGCAGCUUCCGGACAAGCUUUAUAGGAAGCGACGACGAAAUGGGAGCUCUGUCAAAGUCCAAAGAUGAUGACUUUGGGACUUUAAAAGGUGACAGUCUUGUUAACGAGGAGAUUGAGGACCCAAAGAAGAGGAACAUUCUAAAGAGCCUCAGGCGAACUGCAAAGAAAACAAGACCAAAGCCACGUCCAUCAAUUCCCAAGCCCAUGGAGAGCAGCUACUUUGGAGUGCCGCUGGCGAGUGUGGUGUCCCCAGACAGACCUAUUCCACUUUUCAUCGAGAAGUGUGUCCACUUCAUUGAGAAAACUGGCCUGAACACUGAAGGUUUGUACCGUGUGAGCGGCAACAAGUCGGAGAUGGAGAGCAUGCAGAAGCAGUUUGAGCAGGACCAUGGAUUGGACCUGGUGGAGAAGGACUUCGCCAUAAACACUGUGGCUGGAGCUCUCAAGAGCUUCUUCUCAGAGCUGCCUGAGCCCCUGGUGCCUUGUGCUCUGCAGGUGGAGCUAUUGGACGCUUUCAAAAUCAUGGACAGGGAGCAGAGGCUGUACGCCAUGAAGGACGUCCUGAGGAAGUUCCCCAGAGAAAACUACGAUGUCUUCAGAUACGUAGUGAGCCACUUGAACAGGGUGAGCCAGCUGAGCCGGGUGAACUUGAUGACCAGCGAUAACCUGUCCAUCUGUUUCUGGCCCACCCUCAUGAGGCCUGACUUCACCACCAUGGACGCCCUGACCGCCACGCGCACCUACCAGACAAUCAUCGAGACCUUCAUCCACCAGUGCGCGUUCUUCUUCUACAACCAGCCCCUCAUCGACUCCCCGACAGGCCUGGGCGGCCUCCCCGCCUCGCCCACCACCACACUGGGCGGGAGCUCCGCCUACUCCUGCUACCGCUCCUCCCCCCCACACACCGCCGCACAUUUUAGCCCCCUGCAACAGCAGUCUCCGCCCACCACCCCGCAGUCGCCCCUGCAGUCCCUGCUGCCCCCGCUUCACCAGCACCCCCACGCCCACCACCCCCCUGCCGAGCAAGAGACACUGUGAGAGAGACGCCACGGCCGUGCGCCCUCGCCAAUGCUGGACCUGAAUGCCGAGACGCAUUCGAACGCCAGAGAUUAAAAAAAAA